AUGUACACAAUAGAGCUGGCUGAAAAUGCUGAUGACGAUGAAUCAAGACAAUUUUAUGAAAAUAGCUACUACGAAGCCAUAGCCACGGCACAAGAAUAUGUAGAUUCAGGUAGAAACAGUGCAGUUUCGAUUAAUGCUACCUCAGAAGACGUAAAUAUGCAAGCAGUAUUAACUCAAUUAGAGAAUUUGAGGACAAAUAAUAAUGGUGUUAAACUACCUACCAUAACCUUACCAAAAUUUGAUGGCAAAUAUGAGGAAUGGUUAAGUUUUGAGGAUUCUUUUAGUGCAUUAGUCCAUAAUAACGUGAAGAUUCAAACAGUGCAAAAAUUUAAUUACUUGAAAUCUUGUUUAGUAGGCAACGCAGCUCAAAUUAUUCAAUCGUUAUCCUCAACAGCAGAAAAUUAUGAAAUUGCUUGGAAUUUAUUAAAAGAGAGAUACAGUAACAAACGUAUUAUUAUUCAGAAUCAUGUUAGAGCACUAUUUGAAUUACAAUCAGUAUCUAAAGAGUCUUCAGUGAGUUUGAGUGCAUUGGUCGACACUGCACUUAAACAUAUACAUUCAUUACAAGCUUUAGAACAACCAGUAGUAGGUUGGGACGCAUUGCUUUUGCACUUGAUUGGGUCAAAGGUAGAUAAACAAACACAAAUGGAGUGGGAAAAAUCUCUGGAUGGUUCACAAAUGCCCACUUUUGAACAAUAUUUGAAGUUUUUACGUAACAGGUGUCACGUUUUAGAGGCAAUUCCUAUGGAUACAAAUAAGACAACAGUUGGUAAGACGAAGCAGGUUUUAUUUGAAACUCAGUCCAAGAUGAAAUGUCAUGUUUGCGGAAAACAGCAUAAUAUACAGAACUGUGAAGAUUUCAAGGCCAUGAGUCAGAGUGACAAAUCAGAAGCUAUCAAACGGGCAGGCUUGUGUUUUAACUGUUUCAGAUCGAAUCACAAGGUUUCAGCGUGUAAGGCAAGUAACUGCAGAAAGUGUGAUCGUAAGCAUCAUACAUUACCACAUCCAGUCAAAGCGAAUGAAAAUAAUCAAGUAAAGGGAGAAAACAUUCAGCAAGAGGAGCAAUCUCAGGUUCAAAUUGCAACAUCACAGGCAGUCAAUCAGAUUUUAAGUUCUCGAAUAAGCGAUACAUCACACAUACUUUUAUCCACAGCAGUAGUAGAUGUUGCGGACACUACAGGCGAAUUUUAUUCAUGUAGAAUAGUUUUAGAUGCAGGAUCGCAAUCAAACUUUAUCUCUGAAUACUGUUGUAAUAAACUGAAGUUGCCCAAGAACACUGUAAAUAUUCCUAUCAAGGGAAUCGGAGAAACUCUUUCACAUGUUAAAUCCUCAACAAGCGUGUUAGUCAAAUCUAGGGUGAAUGCAUUUAAACUCAAAUUAAAUUGUCUAGUUAUUCCAAGAUUAACAGAUGUAUUACCUCCGAAAGUAAUUGAUCGCGAGUCACUUGGCAUUCCUAAAAAUCUAAAUCUAGCAGAUCCUGGAUUUGAUAAACCGUCACAGAUUGACAUACUUAUUGGUGCGGAAUAUUUCUAUCAUUUGUUAUGUGUAGGACAGAUUAGAUUAAAAACAGGCUCAACUAUAUUACAAAAAACAAAAUUUGGAUGGAUAGUGGCUGGUAGAACUGAGUUUGGUAAUUCACUAUCAUUUAGUUCAUGCCACAUCUCUCGAUGCUCACUCGAUGACGCUGUGCAGAGGUUUUGGGAGAUAGAAGAACUACCAGUUAAGAAGACAUUAUCGCCGGAGGAUGAAAACUGUGAGCAGUAUUACAAGAAAACCAUAGAAAGACUUCCUUCUGGUCGAUAUUCAGUAAGAUUACCAUUUAAUGAGCAGAAACAAGAAUUAGGCGAAUCGUAUGGAAUAGCUGUAAAACGAUUACUGAGUUUGGAAAGAAGACUGAAUACAAAUCUUAAGUUACGUGAUGAAUACCAUAACUUUCUUCAAGAAUAUCAAUCACUUGGACACAUGACAGAAAUAAGAGAGCCAAUCAUGCAAGAAGGAUGCUUUCUUCCUCACCAUUCAGUUAUAAAGGAAUCAAGUGUAACCACUAAACUUAGAGUGGUCUUUGACGCAUCAGCAAAGACAACAAGUGGUGUUUCGCUGAAUGACACUCUAUUCAAAGGUCCAGUGGUGCAACAAGAUCUCUUUUCAAUAGUGCUGAGAUUUCGUCUACAUGACAUAGUAUUCACAGCGGAUAUUCAAAAGAUGUACAGACAGGUAUUAGUACAUCCUGACGAUCAUAAAUUUCAAAGGAUUCUAUGGAGAAACAAUUCGGAAGAAGCAAUACGGGUCUAUGAGCUCAACACAGUAACGCAUGGAACAUCGGUCGCUCCAUACUUGGCAACACGCACUUUAAUUCAGCUAGCGGAAAAUGAAAGACAAAACUACACAGAUGCAGUCGAAAUUGUCACAAGAGAUAUGUAUGUUGACGACUUACUUACAGGAACGGAAACACUGGAACAAGCUAAGAUAUUGAAGACUCAAAUCACAAAGUUGUUGAGUAGCGGAGGCUUCGAACUAAGGCAAUGGGCCUCUAAUCAUCCACAGCUCAUUGAAUCCCAAUCAGCUGAACGACAAGAACAUUGGUGUCUCGAAUUCUCAGAGAUGCAUAAAACAUUAGGGAUUUUGUGGAAUCCACAGCAGGAUAAUUUUUUAUAUCAUUUUACGAAAUGUCAAGAUUCAUCUAAGAUAACAAAACGAUUGAUUUUAUCACAAAUUGCUUCCUAUUAUGAUCCCUUGGGACUAGUAGGCCCAGUCACUGUAAAGACCAAAAUAUUGCUGCAAAACAUUUGGAAGCUACAACUAUCAUGGGAUGAAACAGUACCAAUCGAGAUUCAUACAGCAUGGAAAACAUUUCAAGAAAGUAUGUCUGAAUUAAACAACAUUUCGUUUCCUAGACAUGUUUGUUUAAAACAAGCAGUUGACUUACAAUUGCAUGGAUUUGCGGAUGCUAGCGAGGUCGCUUAUGGAGCAUGUGUUUACAUGAGAUCUGCGAACGCGGUCAAUGCACACCAGGUUAUGUUAAUCUGCUCAAAGUCUAGAGUAGCUCCAAUAAAGAAGAAGCUGUCGCUACCUAAACUAGAAUUAUGUGCAGCAUUACUCUUAUCACAACUCUGUCAAACAGUGUUAAAGGCUUUCCACGUAACCGUGGAUAAGGUUGUUUUAUGGUCGGAUUCAACUAUAGUUUUACAUUGGAUACAUACCCAUCCAUAUCGUUUAAAAACUUUUGUAGCAAAUCGUGUGACUGCUAUUCAGGAGGCCAUGACAUCAGCUAGUUGGAGACAUGUUUCAUCACAAGACAAUCCAGCCGACCUACUUUCGAGAGGAAUCUUUCCAUUACAACUUAUCAAUUGUACCCUUUGGAUUCAUGGACCGACAUGGUUGUCGGAUGAUGAGCAACAUUGGCCAAAGCUCACAUUAACUCCAAUUGAGAUUCCAGAACAACGAACGACUAUUUCCUUGAAAACAGAAGGAAGCUCUGAUCUUUUGCGGAGAUUUUCGUCGCUUGUGAGACUUCGUAGAGUUGUGGCAUGGUGUCUUAGGUUUAUCAAUAACUGUCGUUCAAAGCAUAAGGUUCAGGGAAAUCUAAUCAGUUCUGAGCUAGAGCAUGCGACGUCUGUUAUCAUUAAAUUAGUUCAAUCCGAGGCAUUUUCACGAGAAAUACAAUCAUUAGAGGCAGGAAAGACUCUCAAAAAUAAUAGUAAGAUCUUAUCAUUACAUCCGUUUUUAGACUCCAUCGGAAUAUUGCGAGUUGGUGGUAGACUUGUGCAUGCUAAGUUAAACUAUGAUCAAAGGUAUCAAAUUCUUUUACCAGGAAAUCAUUAUAUAACAGAAUUAAUUAUUCAGAAUGCGCACAUAUCACAACUACAUGCAGGACCUCAGACAACACUCUAUCACGUUCGACAAAAGUUUUGGCCAGUAAAUGCGAAAGGCCAGGUCAAAAAGAUUUUUAAUACGCUUAUCAUCGAGAUUGAAGCAAUACUUAAUUCUAGACCGCUAACGCCACUGUCAUCGAGUCCAGAUGAUUUAGCCUCAUUGACUCCAAGUCAUUUUUUAAUUGGAGGUUUGCUCUCAUCAAUCCCAGAAGUUGAUUUUACAAAUACUCAAACUAAUAAAUUGUCCCAGUGGCAACACAUUCAGAAACUUAAACGUGAUUUCUGGAAUCGAUGGAGCAAGGAGUAUUUGACUGAAUUGACACAACGUACAAAAUGGAAAUCAGGAACAGGCAAUUUAAAUGUAGGUGAUUUAGUUUUAUUGCGCGAAGACAAAACUCCUUCAUUGUAUUGGCCUUUGGGCCGGGUUACUGAACUAUAUCCUGGCCAAGAUGGCAUU